AAAGAUAACACAGCACCGCAGAAGGCUAUAUAUAACAGUCUAAUCUUGUCAACACUGAGCAACAAAAGCUGUCAAACGUUUACAGACAGUCGUUUACUCGAGCAUAGGCUUCAGUAAUUCAUUUUAUUUUGUGUACACGUGCAGGAACAAAUCUAAUAUCGCGCUUAUUAACUAAUUUUGUCCCCAAUCCGGCCGAGUGACGUGCGCGUUCUAGAUUCCGCUGCGUGACCGCGGCGAUGACGUCAGUUCGCGGAAGUAAACAGACCGCAGCGCUUCGCAUAUAAACACGUUUAUGAAGUGUAUAAGAUUAUAUGAUCAUGAAGUAAGUAGUAUACGAGUAUCAUCGAUACAGUAAACAGCCCGUGGUUGAACUGUACGCUUGAAUGACCCUGAUCCGGGCAGGAGAAAGCGCCGUGCUCGUGAUUAUGCUGUAAAUAUUAUUGAUUAUUGGUUGAUUGAUUGAUGUUCGGGUCGGAAUGGCUGCGGGUUUCGCUCCCCCGAAGCUCAAAGACUUUAUUCUCACCGAGAAACUGGGAAGCGGCACAUAUGCGACAGUUUAUAAAGCUUGCAGAAAGACGGACAGCAGGGAGGCGGUGGCUGUGAAGGUGGUCAGUAAGAAAACUCUGAAUAAAAGCUCAAUGGAGAACCUGCUGACAGAGAUUGAGAUCCUGAAAACAGUCCGGCAUCCUCACAUAGUGCAGCUCAAAGACUUCCAGUGGGACAGUGAGAACAUCUAUCUGAUUCUGGAGUGGUGUUCAGGAGGAGAUCUGUCACGGUUUAUACGCAGCUGCCGGAUUCUUCCCGAGAGAGUCGCUCGUCACUGCCUACAGCAGAUCGCAUGUGCUCUUCAGUUUCUCCACGAGAGGAACAUCUCUCACCUGGACCUGAAACCACAGAACAUCCUUCUGAGUGGAAACACGCUGAAGCUGUCAGAUUUUGGUUUUGCGCAGUACAUGAGUCCGUGGGACGAGCAGCAGGCUCUGAGAGGAUCUCCGCUCUACAUGGCUCCAGAGAUGGUCUGCAGACGCCAUUAUGACGCUCGAGUGGAUCUGUGGUCCGUCGGGGUCAUUUUAUACGAAGCUUUAUUUGGACGAGCGCCCUUCGCCUCUCGCUCUUUUGCUGAACUAGAAGAGAAGAUCCGCAGUGAGAAACCCAUCGAGCUGCCGUCGGGAGCGAGAGUUUCUCGUGACUGUCGAGAUCUGCUGCUGCGGCUGCUGGAGCGAGACCCGGACAGCCGCAUCACGUUUGACGAGUUCUUCCUGCAUCCGUUCGUGGAUCUGGAGCACAUGCCCAGCGCCGAGAGCCUCGGGAAGGCCAAAGCGCUGGUGAUGCAGGCGGUGCAGAAGGACCAGGAUGGAGAGCGUUCGGCUGCGUUAUCUCUCUACUGUAGUGCACUCGAACACUUCGUUCCUGCCAUUCACUAUGAGACGGACAGACAGAGGAAGGAAGCCCUGAGACAAAAGGUGAAUCAGUAUGUUUCUCGUGCCGAGGAGCUCAAAGCGCUGGUCAGAUCGGACAACAAGAUCAGUUUUGAGGAGGCGAGAUCAACCAGGAACAUAUUAAUAGAAAUGUCUAGAGAUCAGCCGCGUUUACUGGCUGCCCUGGAAGUGGCGUCCACUGCUGUUGCCCAGGAGGAGAGUGGAGCGGAGGACUACGACACGCUUGAUCUGUACCAGCAGAGUCUGGGCGAGCUGCUGCUGGCGCUAGCAGCUGAAUCUCAGGGCCGGCGCAGAGAGCUGCUCCACAGAGAGAUUAAAAGUCUGAUGAGUCGAGCUGAAUACCUCAAAGAGCAGAUCAAGAUGCGGGAAACUCGGAUGGACGAAUCGCUGAAGAAAGAUGCUGCUGCUGAAUCAGUGAGAUCCUCUUGUUGUUUACAGUGAGCUGUGGGUUCUCGCCAUGGUAACAGAUGCAGUGUGUCACACAGCUGGAGAAAUUCACAGCGUCUGAUUGGCUCCUGGCAGACAGUUUUCAUCUGAGAAAAAGACUUUCACACCUGAAGGCAAAGAGCUCUGACUGUAAAAUCACUCCUCUCCAUUUAAAGACACACACACACACACACUGACCGCAGCUCUACCGCAGAUCCAGCAGCAAGCUUUCUGUGUGUUUACUCUGGACUCACACACUUCACACACACUUACAAAGGGAGAGUUUAGAACACUGUGUGUGUGUUCAACAAGCUCUGAUUCCUCCUGAUUGUGGGGUUAUUUAUUCACUGUCUGAUCUGAAUGAAAGCAUCUUCUGUAUUUCUCCCUCUCUGAGAGAAUGUUUUCUUGCAUUAUAAAUUUCUGUUGGCCAUAAAUUCUCAUUUCCUCUGUGCAUUCCUCCGGUAAUAUAAUUCCUCCCCUGCAUUCCUCUUUCCUCUCUGGAAUAAAUCACUCUGCAGAAA